AUGAUUAAAACUACUAUUGAAACUGCUACUCCAGCAGAUACCCCUAAAUUCUCUGCCUUGAUGGAAGUUAAUGAUGUCUCUUCCCAGUCCAGUGACGCGUCGAUGGAACCAAGUGUAUUGUCGAGUGUGACCCAAAUGUUUACUGAAGCUUUGACAGAAGACAACUUGAAUGUAUACUCCGAACAAGUGUGUGAAGAUUUCAAGGCGGCGUUAGUGGACAAUUCUGAGAUCACCAUGUUGCCUAAUUAUAUUAUUUCUCCAAAUGGAGAAGAAUGUGGUCAGUAUUUGGUUAUUGAUUUGGGUGGAUCCACUUUGAGAGUGGCUGUUGUUGAUAUUGAUGAACCUACUGGUAUCAAGUCAAGAGAAGAAAGAGUUUCUGUGGUUAUGGAAAAGAAAUGGAUUAUUGCCAACGAUUUCAAGAAGAUUGACUAUGGGUUCUUCAAGUUUAUUGGAUCAAAGAUCAGCGAGGUGUUGUUAUCCCAGAAAGUUCUUGAUACUAAAGCUGUGAUCAAUACCGGUAUUACCUGGUCGUUCCCAUUGGAAACCACUAGUUACAACAGUGGUAAAAUCCGCCAUGUUUCCAAGGGGUACACUAUUGGUGAAGAUAUUUAUGACCAGGAUUUAAAGAUGGUAUUGGAAAAGGUUAUGAAGGAAGAACAUGGAAUGAUCAUGGAUGUGCGUUCGAUUUUGAAUGAUUCAUUAGCUGUUUAUUCUGCAGGUUGUUUUAUUGACGAUCACAUGAAGUUGGCUAUGGUUUUGGGAACCGGUCUUAAUUUGUGCUGUUCCUUGAAUAGUUCAGAUGAUCUUCACCCAGAUAAAUUUUUAGGAAACUCCACAUUGUUCAAUUGUGAGGCUUCGUUAUUUGGACAAAACUUGUGUGCCACAUUUGCCACCAAGUAUGAUGGUAUUGUUGAUGCUAGAUUCAAACAAGAUAACCUUCAUUUCAAAACAUUUAUGGAAGCGGAUCCAAUUACAAAGACGCUUUUCCAGCCACACGAGUUGAUGACCAGUGGCAGAUACUUGCCUGAGUUGACAAGAUUGGUGUUGGUUGAUUUGAUUGAGGCUGGCGAAAUUUUCCAAAAUGUUUCUGGUUUGGAAAAGAUUUUAACUGAAGAUUAUGAUGGUUUCAGUGGAGAGGUGAUGUGUUUUAUUCACGAGACUGACGAUUAUGACAAGAUUAACGAAAAAUUAUGCGAUACAUACAGCUGGACAUCUGUGUCGAUAAAUGACAUUAUUACUUUGAAACAAGUUAUUGAUUGUAUUAUUAAAAGGGCUGCAUUUAUUGUUGCCAAUACCAUUAUUGCAUUCUUCAAGUUGUUGGCACAAUACAGUGACGAUAAAUUACAAGGAGACGUUACAAUUGGUUAUGUUGGGUCUGUUUUGAACUACUUUAAUGAUUACAGAAGUUUGAUUAUAAAUCACGUUAACAAUAAUGACGUGUCUAAAAAGUUGGGGGUGAAGAUUGAUUUAAAGUUGAUUGACAAUAGUUCAAUCAUUGGUGCUGCUAUUGGCGCUGCUUAUUAUAGUAAGUAG